AUGUCGGACACGAGUGAACUCGACUCGCCAUUCUGCCGUCGAUCGAAGUCGGAUCGUUUGAGGGAUCUACGUCGAGAUGCUUUCAGUCACACUUUUUCGAGUCCAAGGGUUGGAUCACCGGAGGACAAAGAGAACAUUUCUGAGGAUGAGUUUUAUUCGGCUGAUGAGGUGAAAUCUGAUGGAUUUCUUUCAGAGGAUUCGCUUAGCAAUUCGGUGAUCGUUUUGAACGACUCGACGUCUUGUGGCAAAAAUUCUGAGAAAUCGCGAACGACAACAACUGACGACUCUCCCAAAGAUAGGAUCUAUGCAACAAAUCUCUCCAGCUUAUCUUCAAAUCAACGAAAUUUACGUUGUCGGAAUCAAAAGCUCGACUUUGAGGAUUCAUCCGCGGAUCGCCGAGAAAAGAAGCCAAUCCAUUCGACAAAAACAGCAUCGACUUCAGAGGACUCUGAUUCUGAGUCGGAUAUGAAAUAUUUAAACUCUUUACGUCGACCGAUUUCAACGCCAGAGUCGACAGCGGAAGAUAGAGAUGAAUCGAACGAUGGAAAACCAAUAAAGAGGCGAACAAAUAGUUUCAUAGUUGACGAUGAUGAGAUUGGGUCGCCACUGGACAAAAGUGAGGACGAGGAUGAUGAAUCGGAUCAGUCAGAAGAACCUUUUGACGGUGAAGACGAAGAAAGUGAUGCGGAAUUGGUGGUUGAAGUGAAAAAACGGGUUAUUGAUGAAAAGAAGACGCCAGUCGGCAAAGUUGCGGUUGCUCUAUUAAAGUCUACCUUCUCAAGCCCUUCCGUGAAAAAACCGGCGAUUGAUGGAAGCGAGCAUUUUCUCAUCUCACUCAAUAAACAUUAUAAAUACACGAGGCAUUUGGACGCUGAAAAGUUUAUAGACAAAAAUUUCAAGAAGAAUCGUGAAGAAUUGGCAAAGUCCGUCUUCAAACAUGUGAACGACACCUGCUUCAAGAGCAAUUUGCCCGAAGAUUUGCCGAUCAUUUGGAAUCCACGACUACGAAAGACGGCGGGUUUUUGCAGGUACAAAAGACAAAAGGGCGACGAUUUCGUGUCAAUUGUGAGAACGGUGACUGUCGAACUUUCCACAAAGGUUAUCACCGAACCAGAAAGGCUCCGAGACACGCUGAUCCACGAACUUUGCCAUGCUGCCGUUUUUCUCAUUGACAAGGUCGAGGGGGAUCAUCAUGGACCCUAUUGGAGUAAAUGGGCAAACAUCUGCAUGAAGCGUCAUCCAAAACUUCCGUUCGUCUCUCGUUGCCACAACUACGAAAUCGUCGCCAAAUACCUUUACUUGUGCAAUGGAUGUGGGCAAAAGGUCCGACGUCAUUCAAAAUCUCUGGACAUCAGCAAGAAAAUUUGUGGAGUAUGCCGAGGGCGUUUUGAGCUACAGGUACUAACGAAGGGCGAAUACAAGCGACGGUCGCUCACUACAACGCAAAGCCCCAAAAACACAUUCGCGAAGUUCGUCAAACUGCACUAUUCAACGGUGAAGAAACCCGGCAUUGCGCACAAAGAGGUGAUGCAAUUGUUGUCAGCCAAAUGGAAAGUCGAGAGACCCAAAAUGGAAAACGAUAAGAAGAGUCCUAGUGAGGGCUUCAAAAUAAAUUUUGAUGAGCUUUCGGCCGACGAAAAUGAGGCACCAAUAAUGCCAGCUCUUCACUCGGACUCUUCGGAUGAUGAUUCAGAUGUUCAAGAAGUGCCACUCGAUAUCAGUGUCAUAUCUAUUGUUGAU